AUGAACACUCUGGAGGAUGUCCCAUUUCAGAGCCUACUGGGCCCACUGGAUGAGGAAGUGCAGCUUGUGACGGCUCCAGACAUCACUAUACCAGACUACCAUUGGAUACUACAAGACACUGAGUAUGGAUUCAACCUGGAGAAAUGGAUCUUAACUGGGCAGCAGCCAGACUGCCAGGCCCCCUCCUGCCCCCCCUACUGGCUGAUGUUCAGCAGCUCUGAGGAGAGCCGCAGGGCCAAUCGCAGGACCAGCGACCCGUGGGACCUGAACCCUCGACCCCGCAGUUACAGCCUGAACUCUGCAGACACUCGCCGGCUGCACCAUCGCACCGUCAGGUUCCUCCUAUCUGACUCGGAGGAUGACGAUGGUUACUAUGAGGAUAAUGAGGCCUCCUCCAACGAAGAUGCACCUCGCUCCAUCAAGAGCAGAGAGCAGCCCCGGAGCACUGCACCCAAAGACCCACUCUCCAGAGUCAAAGACAUGCACCUUGGUCCUUCCACUCACCACAGUAAGCCUGCCUCACCUCAGAGCUUUAGAGGCUCUUUACAUUCUCUCCAAGACUGCAGACAACCUCUGCGAGCACUGGAGCAGCACAGGUCACAGCAGGCUAGCCCCGUGCCCCACGGGCAGAAGAACAGCAAAAAGAGGCAGCGUUCACAGGGCUCUGUGGGCAGAAGGUACUCCCAGGACACACCACCUGCUCACUCUUCACCCAGGCUGCAGCAACAACGACCCUCGUCUGCCGGGCCUGUUGUCAGAAACCACAGACAGAAGACCCUGAGGACUGGUGGCUCUCGUGGAGUUUUCUUUGACUCAGCAGCAGAGUUGGUGUCAGCACUCAGCCAGGAAGAGAGGGAGCUACUUGAAACCAUCACAGAGAAGGGCUACCCUUUACGCACAGCUUUUCUGGCUCUGCAGAAGACAGGCUAUCACAGCCCAGAGAAGAUCCUAAAAUACCUGGUAGCCAACGGCCGUCUGUGUGAGCUGGGUUAUGAUGAAGCACAGGUGGAGGAGGCCUUGGAGAUGUUUCAAAACUGUGAGAGCAAGGCUGCUGAGUUCCUGCGCCUUCUGACUCAGUUUAAUGAGAUGGGGUUCCAGCAAAGUGCAAUCAAAGAAGUGCUGCUUGUUCAUGAAAAUAACCGUGAGAGGGCUCUUGAAGAACUCAUGACACGCAUGUCUUCAACAUAA